UUGGAGCGUGGUGAAAGUGGCUGCCUGCUGCAGAGAGGGAAAACGCACCACGGCUCCAGCGCUAUGAAAAACAAGUAUAGACGCAAAUCAUACCGAUUUUUCUCACUUGAAUACAUGGAUGCUCAGAGAAGAAAUCAUAUAAUCCCAUGUUCCACAGAAUGGAAACCGUCACAUUUCCGUCCAUAAUGAAGAACACUUUUCCUCGAGAAAUUCAAGGAAAGCGACCCUGCUGCUUUGUGCAAAGGCGCCGGUCUCAUCUGAUGAAUGGGUGAAAAACACCACGCUUCAUUGUGUAAACGAGACUGGUUUGAGUGAUAGGAACCCCUACCAACUCGCCCUUCCAUUUCCACAAUUGACAGCUGCUCAUUGAUUUCCACCGAAUUCCAUUUGGGAUGCUUUGGAGCUGUUUUUCUGUUAAGGACUGAAGAAAAGGACUGCGUGGAAAUUAUGGGUGAAGUUCAGGACGUCAAUGCGAAGAAGGUCUUCGUUGCUCCAGCUAUCAAGUCUUUUGAACAUUACGACUUCCCUCGAGCCAAAAUUUGUUGCAGCUUCUCAUGGCUUCUGUCCAAAGCAUAUGGGAGAGACAGCAUUCCAGCAGACUUGAAAGAGCCCUUCUACACAGACCAGUAUGAGCAGGAGCAUCUUAAGCCUCCUGUAGCCAGUCUCUUGCUGUCUGCUGACCUCUACUGCCGGGCCGCCAGCCUCAUCUUGAAGACCAAUCCUGCUGAGCCUCUAUUGGGCCACGAUGCCGUCAUUCAGUCUCUUACUGAGCGAGGUCUCUUUGUCACUGACCAUGAUAGACUUGUCAUGGAGAAGGACCUUCAAAAGAGGCCUCUUCAAAUGAGUGCCCAUCUGGCAAUGAUUGACUCUCUGAUGAUGGCAUACUCAGUGGACACUUUGAUUGUGGAGAAGGUGAUGGCCAGCAUUCGUCAAUAUUCAUCCUGCUACUCUGAAGAGGAAAUGCCAUCCGACUCAGAGGGCGCAGUUACCACCUGGAUCAACAAGAUUAACGAGUAUCUGAAAGACAUUGUGGCUCAGGAGGAGAAGAAAAAGAAAGUGACACAGAGUGCAGAGACUGCAGAAAGUCCGCGGUCUCCAACCAAGUGGUACAUGAAGCUUGUGCCUGCCCGCUACCGGAAAGAGCAGAGCAGCAGUCAGACGAUUCCCUGGAUUCUCCCAGUAGACAACCUGCUGAAGGACAGCAUAGAUGGAUCAGCACUAGGUGCUCUGCUGCACUUCUAUUGCCCCCAGCUGCUUCCUAUUGAUGAUGUGUGUCUGAAGCCGAACAUGACAUUGGCGGAUCGUCUCUCCAACUUGCAACUCAUUCAGGGUUUCUGCAGAGACAACCUGGAAGGCUGCUGUCACUUCAGUUUGGAAGAUAUGCUCUAUGCCUCUUCCACCCUUAAGAAUAACUACUUGGCAUUCAUGGCAGAGCUUUUUUGGUGGUUUGAGGAGGCCAAGCCCUCUUUUGUGAAACCGAAAAUUAAACGUUUGGACACUGAAACCACAGAGUUCUCAUCCUUGUUAAAAGAUAUCCCAGCUGUCCCAAUCUCUAAAGCAACUAAGAGAAGCUUCAUGGAAAGAUCCCCCAGUCCUGAAAGACCAAGUUUGCCCCUGCGACCCCAGCCAAGAAAAACAGCUGAGAUCAAGAAAUCAACCUCGAUGUCCUUUGUUGAUAGCAACCUUCGUACAUGGCCUAAAGAAAAGAGAUCUGGGCCUUAUGGACUGUCCUUUGACAUUUCCUUGGAAAAAGAAGACGCUUCUUCUUCAACUCAUUCCGCCACACGUGGUAUGGUGAGGUCGGUCAGCACUGAUGACGGUUCAGGCUUUAAGGUUCACAACCUUCCUCACGGAAUGAAGCGGAACCUUUCCUUCCAACCGGUCAAUGGCAAAAGCCUUGGGAUCGAAGAGGAAGGUUGCCCUGACAGUCUUGCUGGAAUGGAACCAGAGAGGCGUACCUAUCCUAGCAGAUCCAGUAGAGUUACCAUAACUCCCUCCAUAGACGAAGCCCUCCAGAUUAUUCAUAGUCCAACUAGGCCCCCCGUGGAAGGUAUAAACAAUGGUUUCUUCCUACACAGUCCGGAAAUUGGAACUGGCCUUGGUAGCUUGGAGCCCUUGUCUGAGUUAGAGUCCAAAGAACCGUUGAGCCAAUCAGACAAUACAGAGUUUGACACUGGUAUUCACAUUCAUACAGAGGACAUGCUGGAUGAGGAUUCAUCACUGAAAGACUGCUCAGUAAACAUGGACCUUGAUAUGGAUACACCCAGCCCUUGCCCAAGCAGUCACAGCAAAUCACCCUCAGCACUAAGAAUGACCAACUUUGCUGAGCAAAAAAUGAAGAAGAUCACUCCGUCAGCACCAGAUUCAGGGCGAGAGAGUAUCAACUCCCUUAAAACUACGCCAGAGGGUUCAGAUUUUGGUCUACCAUUAUCUGUUUCAUGGGCUCCAACUCCAGAACAUAGCCCUGACAUCCCUCGUAAGGUGUCACCUGUCCAGCUCCCACACAAUGACCCUGCUCAGGUCAUGGCAACUGAAAUGGUUGAGCUCAGGAUGCGUUUAGAGGAGAAACGGAAAGCCAUUGAAGCGCAGAAAAAAAAAGUGGAGGCAGCUUUUACACGUCACCGUCAAAAGGUGGGCCACUCUGCCUUCCUUAAUGUGGUGAAGCGGAAAGGGGAUGGAGCUGCGAGUGGAACAGAGGAAGGAGGGAAAUUUAAGGGUGAAGGCCAGGAUCUAAGUCCUACCAUUAGGGGUGAUCGAAGCAAUGCAGACACACCUGAUGGGGCGGAACAAAGUAGCACAAGCUCCUGUUGGCAAAGGUCCCCUGGUAGAGGUGAAGAGUGUGGUCAAGGUCACACCCAGCUAACUGAAGCGGAUCUCACCGAGUAUACACGGUCCAUAGAGAAGCUCAAUCAUUCUUUAGCCUUUCUCCAGACUGAGAUGCAAAGGCUAGCUCAGCAGCAGGAAGUCAUCAUGGCCAUGAGGGAGCAGCAACAUCAGCAGGCAUGGGUCAUACGUCCCUCUCAGGCAAACCCCUCGCCGCAAAAAUACGGUAGAGGCAGCAAUGUUACUCGAUCCUCAGGGCCUUCUUCCCCGGUGGAUUCCCCUCGCUCGGUGCACCGCUCUCCAACCAGCAUAAAGCGAAAAUCUGCCUCUUUCCACUCACGUAAUCCUCGCACUGCUCGCCCUAAUGAGCUCAAGUUGGCCCCUUACAAUCGCAUCCUCAAUGCUCCUCAGUCUGUGGAUAGUAUCCCCAGGCUGCGACGCUUUUCUCCCCGUUUGCCUACUGACAGCUCCUUUGUUUACAUGAGUGAGAAGCCUACAUCCGCCAGCCCUGAGCCAGUCGAGAAGCAGACAGACACCCUCCUCUCCCCAGAGAAAGAGCUUAGUGGUAUUUGUGCAUCUCCUCCUAGAUUACUCAAUGAAGAGCAAACACUCAUGGACUCAAAUACUAAAAUUGAGGAGUCAGAGGUUCCCAGCCAAACAAACAUCAAUGAUGUAGAAAAUGUAGGAGUACAUCCCGAACCUGCUCAGUCGACAUUUGCUGAGGUUUUGGCCCACCCAGUAGUUGAGACCUUCACAGUAACCCCCACAGAGAUCCCCACACUGCUUGAAGUGAAAGGCAACCUAAUUGAGGUUCCACUAUCAGUUGUGAAGCCACUGAAGGACCUGACACUAGAUGACGGCUUGGAAAUAGAACUCAGAGCUGUUGAAGGCCAGGAAGAUGAACAAAAAAUGCAUUGCGGUUUCUUCUUCAAGGAGGAUGGAAAGGCAGAGGAGAACAUGGCUCAGAAGAGGGCUGCACUGCUGGAGAAGAGGAUGAGGAGGGAGAAGGAAAACCAGCAGAGAAAGUUGCAACAGGAGGCAGAGUUGGAGCAAAAGAAAGAGGAGGCUCGUUUAAAAGCAGAGGAGGAGCGUAUCCGAAAGGAGGAAGAUAAGGCCAGAAAGGAGUUCAUCAAGCUUGAGUAUCUUAGGAGGAAACAGCUGAAACUAAUGGAGGAUAUGGACACGGUCAUUAAAUCUCGACCAGCUACUACCAGCACAAAACAAAGACGUGGUCGGCCUAGGUCCAUCCGUCGCGACAGCAUCGACUCUCCAAAAACUCCUGUCCGAGCUGCCACAGUCUCCAGUUUGUCCCUGGCAUCCCUCAAUUUAGGAGACGGAGAUAGCGCAGACUCCGACAAGAGAGCACAAAGAAGUGCUAGUUUAGCCUCUGGCAGUCUCUUCUACUUUCUGAGCUCUCCUAAACUGAGAAGGAGAAGGCCAGACUCAGCAGAUGGCUUCCUUUCCCCGAGCCGCACCAGCAGUAAGAAUGGAGAGAAAGACUGGGAAAAUGGAUCCACAACCUCUUCUGUUACUUCAAUCACAGAGUACACAGGGCCAAAGCUCUACAAGGAGCCAAGUGCCAAAUCAAACAAGUAUAUCAUCCAGAACGCACUGGCUCACUGCUGCCUUGCCGGUAAAGUCAACGAAGCACAGAAGAACAAGAUCCUGGAGGAAAUGGAGAAAUCAGAGGCCAACAACUUCCUGGUUUUGUUCCGAGAUGCUGGCUGUCAGUUCCGCUCGCUCUACACUUACUGCCCUGAGAGUGAAGAGAUCAACAAGCUCACAGGCAUUGGCCCCAAGAACAUCACACGCAAGAUGAUUGACGGCCUGUACAAGUACAACUCUGACAAGAAGCAGUUCAGCCUGAUACCAGCUAAGACCAUGUCAGCCAGCGUGGAUGCGGUGACCAUCCACAGCCAUUUGUGGCAAACCAAGAAGCCAGCCACCCCUAAAAAAGUAGUGCCUGCACCCCAAUCCUGAUGGAAGUUGAAAAUGACCAUUUUAGUUUGCACUUUUAUAGUUUGUUUUCAUGGCGUUUGAAAUAUGUCCAUUGCCAGUUAGUCAAACAAGUUUUCCAUUUUUGUUUUGUCAGAUUUUCAUCUCUACAGUUCUCAAUUCUCUGUUACAAAAUGGCAAACAACUGGAAUGUAAGCCACUGAUAAAUAAUGAUGUAAAUUUCUUACCUACUAUUAAACACAAGUCGUGUAGGAUAUGAAGGCAUGUGUGAGUACUGAUUUUAUUUCCUUUGUGCCAAAAUAUGUGAGUACUGUUUUUAUUUCUUUUGUGCCAAAAGUU